ACUUGAAGCGCUGUGGAUGGUGGGCUCUACUGCUGCCAGCAUGCUGCGAGCCACUUGGAGGCGGGCGGCACGGGCUGCUGCCGCUGCGGCCCGGCCGAGGUUCACGGCGCCCACCCGGGGAUUGCGCCUGCGCGAUAAUGCUCUCCUUUCGGCUGUACCCUCAGAGGCAGUGCUGCGACCUCUCUAUAUGGAUGUGCAGGCUACAACGCCUCUGGACCCCAGGGUACUUGAUGCCAUGCUCCCAUACCUUGUGAACUACUACGGGAACCCACAUUCUCGGACUCAUGCGUACGGCUGGGAGAGCGAGGCAGCCAUGGAACAUGCUCGCCAGCAAGUAGCAUCUCUGAUCGGAGCCGAUCCUCGAGAGAUCAUUUUUACUAGUGGAGCGACUGAGUCCAACAACAUAGCAAUUAAGGGAGUGGCCAGGUUCUACAGGUCACGGAAAAAGCACGUCGUCACCACCCAGACUGAACACAAAUGUGUGCUGGAUUCCUGCCGCUCACUGGAAGCUGAGGGCUUUCGGGUCACAUACCUCCCAGUGCAGAAGAGUGGGAUCAUUGACCUAAAGGAACUAGAGGCUGCCAUUCAGCCAGAUACCAGCCUGGUAUCAGUUAUGACUGUGAACAAUGAGAUUGGUGUAAAGCAACCGAUUGCAGAAAUAGGGAAGAUUUGCAAUUCCAAAAAGGUGUAUUUCCAUACUGAUGCAGCCCAGGCUGUUGGAAAGAUCCCACUUGAUGUCAACGAUAUGAAGAUUGAUCUCAUGAGUAUCAGCGGUCACAAACUCUAUGGUCCUAAAGGGGUUGGUGCUAUCUAUAUCCGGCGUAGGCCCCGGGUGCGUGUGGAGGCCCUACAGAGUGGCGGCGGGCAGGAGCGGGGUAUGCGAUCUGGGACAGUGCCCACACCCUUGGUGGUGGGGCUGGGAGCUGCCUGUGAGUUGGCGCAACAGGAGAUGGAGUAUGACCACAAGAGAAUCUCUAAGUUAGCAGAGCGGCUGGUACAGAAGAUAAUGAGCAGCCUUCCAGAUGUGGUGAUGAACGGGGACCCCAAACAGCACUACCCUGGCUGUAUCAACCUCUCCUUUGCGUACGUGGAAGGGGAGAGUCUGCUGAUGGCACUCAAGGAUGUUGCUUUGUCCUCAGGGAGUGCCUGCACUUCUGCAUCACUGGAACCCUCUUACGUGCUCAGAGCAAUCGGCACUGAUGAGGAUUUAGCACACUCUUCUAUCAGGUUCGGCAUUGGCCGCUUCACUACCGAAGAGGAGGUGGACUACACCGUGGAGAAAUGCAUUCAUCAUGUGAAACGCCUCCGGGAGAUGAGUCCCCUCUGGGAGAUGGUGCAGGAUGGCAUCGAUCUCAAGAGCAUCAAGUGGACCCAGCAUUAGAAGAGUGGACCCGUGACUUUGUGCUGACCUGGCCCUUCCUGCCUCACUGACCCUUGUACAACCAGGAACCUUGUUACAUGCUGAGUGGUCCAUGGUCAAACCAGAAAUCGAGUAGCCCUGUUGACUUUACCACAGAAGUUUUCAACUGAGAAAUUCCUGAAAGUAUCUUUCCUAGCCUCAACCUCUUCCUCAGGAGGAGCUCUACUGUUGUGAUUGGACGUUCUUAGCCGGAAGCCUGGAGGCGCUGGCAGGCCACUCCCCCUAGGUGGACCUGCUGUUGGGGAGGUGGCAGAAGCGCAGAAGGCUCUCGAUUCUGGAUCUUCACUCUGCUCAGCUCGACUGGCACCUGUAGCAACUAGCAUAAACAAACUUUAUUUUAAUCUUUUUUUGUGGCUUCAAAAGACAUCUCUUUACGUUGACUGCAGCCAAAACAAGUUUUAUUAAAGGCUUGUUUGCUUUGUGUUCUCA